AUGGAGGCGAACGGAGUGGCCAUCGUCGGCGCCGGCCCCUCCGGAUUGGCCGCGUGCAAGGCGGCGCUGGAGGAGGGCCUCAGGCCCAGCGUCUUCGAGAAGAGUGCCGGCGUGGGUGGCCUCUGGCGCCCCGCGGAGGGUAAGGUCUGGGAGUCACUGCGGACGAAUUUGUCCAAGUACACCUGCGCCUUCUCGGACUUCCCUUGGCCCCAAGAGGCCGAGACCUUCCCGAAGGCCACGGAGGUCUGCCGAUACCUGGAGCGCUUCGCCGAGGGCCUCCGGCCACAUCUCCACCUCUCCUGCGAGGUGAUGGCGGUGACGCGGGUGAAGGCCGAGGAUGAGGCGAGGUGCGGAUGGCAGCUGACUUGGAGGGAGGCCGGUGAAAUGAAGCAGAAGCUCUUCAAGCACGUGGUGAUAGCCAGCGGCAUCUUCGAGAAGGCUCACCUCGACCUGCCGGGCCUGGACAGCUUCCCUGGGCUUGUGUGUCAUGCGGCCGACUACCGGAAGCCCGAGGACUUCACCGGAAAGAAAGUGUUGGUUGUCGGCUCUGCUUUCAGUGGGGCCGAUAUAGCGGUGGACCUCUCUGGCAAUGCUUCCGUCACCAUAGCCUGUGGCCAGCCGAUGUGGUACAUCCCACGCUACCUGAAAGGAAUCCCCGCGGACCUGGCGUUCUACAACCGGAAGCCUAAGCCGAAGCAGUCGCCGGAGGAGAGCUAUCGUCAGAGGCACCAGUUUCUCUCUCAGGUUGCAGAGAUGCCCGCAGCUCCGCGAGCUCCCAGCGACUGGAGCCGGCCUCCCUUUGUUUGCAUCAGCGACCACUUCCCCGAGGCGGUUCGGGCGGGGGCGCUGUCGGUUGCGGACAGGGUCAGCAAGGUCACCGGGUCCACCGCUCACUUCGCGGACGGCUCGUCGGAGGACUUCGAGGUCAUCUUGGUCGCGACGGGCUACGACUUAGACUUGCCCUUCCUGGGUCCGGAGGUGAAGGAGGCCAUCCAUCUGGCGCGAGACCAGCUGCAGCCGGUGAUUCUUAGCCAUGCCGUGUGGCCGCCGGAGGAGUUUCCCGACCUGGCUUUCGUGGGCCUCUACCGCGGCCCCUACUUUGCUGUCAUGGAGCUGCAGGCUCGCUGGGUCCUCGGUGUCUUCUCGGGUCGCCUCCAGGCGCCUGACGAGGACUCCAGGAGGAGGAGCCUGGAGCAGGGCUGGGCCCUUCGGAACCUGGGCGACCGCCCCCAGUUCCCACAGAGCUAUGUGGAGAUGGCCGAGGAGCUGGCGGAGCUGGUGGGCGUCCACCCCAGGGAGCUCGCGAGCCCCUCGCACCCGCUGACUCAUCUCCAUGCGGCGGCUCGGCUCCGCAUGGUGGAGACGUGGGCGCUGUGGGCUCAAAGCGAAUCCAGCACUCCAAACCUCCCAGUUUGCAGUUUGCAGCUCCUCAUGCCGUGGCAGCCCGAAGCACCAUUUCUCUUUGAACUCACCGAAGUCCCCGCCGGCUGGUCCCUGGCGACCCUCAUCGAUGCCUUUGUCAACUUGGCUGGUUCUCAUCCAAGUCGUGAUGAUGCGGACCGAGCUCGCGAGGCGGUGAGCCGCCGGCUGGUGGAUUUGUGGGCCUCGCAGCCGGAGGAGGCUGAGGCCUGGCUCCAGCGGUGCCGGGAGCGCUUUGAGACGGAGCUCGCGGGCAAGGCGACGGGGCGGGAGGAGCUCCAAGAGGCGCUGCUGCGGCACGGGGCGACCAAGCGUGGCAAGUACCGAGCCGGCUGGACCCACGCCCGCCAUCGCUGCUUGGAGCUCGCGGAGCGGCUCGAGCGGGCCGAGAGCCCGGAGACGGCACGGAAGCGGCAGAAGCUCGAGGAGGAGACCUCCGAGCGCGGGCGCCUCGAAGCGCGCAAUCGCCUGGCUGCGGUGGCCGAUUCAAAAUCUCUCCAGCAGCUGACCGAAGUCCCUGCCGGCUGGCCCCUGGCGACCGUCAUCGACGCCUUCGUCCACUUGGCUCAUAAGCCAAGUCGUGAUGACGCGAACCGAGCUCGCGAGGCGCUGAGCCAGUGGCUGGUGGAUUUGUGGGAAUCGCAGCCGGCGGAGGCCGAGGCCUGGCUCGAGAUCUACGCAAAAGAGCUCGCAGACAAGGAGAUGAGGCAGGAGCUCCUCUUCGAGGCGCUGUGCCGGCACUGGGCGGUGGAGUGGGGGAAGUGCGGGUGGUGGGGCAACUGGCGCUUCUUCGAGGCGGGGCUCCUGCGAGGAGAGCCGCACCUCUCAGCAGCGGAGCGGGAGGAGCGGGCGGCUGUGUACCUGCAGGAUCCCCACACCCGCCCUCGCUGCCGGGAGCUCGCGGAGCGGCUCGCGGCGGCCGAGAGCCAGGAGACGGCGUGGAAGCGGCAGAGGCUCGAGGCCGCCAAGCGCCGGCGCCUCGAAGCGGAGCUCCAAAAGUCGCAGGAGGAGGGCCGAGAGCUGCGCAGUCGCCUGGCCGCGGCGGAGGCGCAGGUGUCCAGCAAGGAUGCGGAGCUCCAAACUGCGCAGAGCGAGGCCGCCAAGUGCAAGGAGCAAUGUGAAGAGCUCGCACGUCGCGCAGCAGCUGCGGAGUCAGCCGUGGCAGACAUGCGACAGGAGCUCGGGCAGUUGCAGGAGGAGCAUGGCAAGUGCCAGGAGCGCUGCCAGGAGCUUGCAAAUCGUUUAGAGGAGGCAGAGGCAGAAGCUUCCGAGCAUACCAAGACCAAGGAGCUUCUGGCGCAGGCGGAGUCCCAUGCCGCCGAGAAGCAGUUGGAGGUGCAGCGGCUGCAAGAGGAGAGUCGCGAGUGUGUGUCAGCAGAAGAGGACAUCGCCGAAGGCCCUCUGCUGCCUUUCCACUACCGGCUGCUGGGCUUCGGAGCCGACCCAGAAAGGGCGCAGGCCGCCAUCCUCGAGUGCUACGUGGAGAUGGCCGAGGAGCUGGCGGAGCUGGUGGGCGUCCACUGCAGGGAGCUCGCGAGCCCCUCGCACCCGCUGACUCAUCUCACUGCGGCGGCUCGGCUCCGCAUGGUGGAGACGUGGGAGCUGACCGAAGUCCCUGCCGGCUGGCCUCUGGCCACGGUCAUCGACGCCUUCGCCGACUUGGCUAUUUUUUCUAUUUUUGAUCCAAGUCUAAGUGACGCUGAUACGAACCGAGCUCGCGAGGCGGUGAGCCGUCGGCUGGUGGAUGAGGUGCUGAGCCAUCGGCUGGUGGAGCUCUGGGCCUCGCAGCCCGCGGAGGCCGAGGCCUGGCUCCAGCGGUGCCGGGAGCGCUUUGCGACGGAGCUCGCGGGCAAGGCGACGAGGCAGGAGCUCCUCUUCGAGGCGCUGCUCCGCCACGGGGCGGCCCAGUACGGCAGGUACGGGUGGUACUACCGCUUCUCCGAGGCCGGGCUCCUGCGAGGAGAGCCGCGCGGCUCAGCAGUGGAGCGGGAGUUGGCGGCUGGGUACCUGCAGGAUCCCCACAUCCGCGACCGCUGCCGGGAGCUCGCGGAGCGGCUCGAGGCGGCCGAGAGCCCGGAGACGGCGCGGAAGCGGCAGAAGCUCGAGGAAGAGACCGCCGAGCGCCGGCGCCUCGAAGCGGAGCUCCAGAAAUCGCAGGAGGAGGAGGAGUGUCGAGAGCUGCGCAAUCGCCUGGCUGCGGUGGAGGCGGAGGUGUCCAGCAAGACCGCGGAGCUCCAAGCUGCGCAGAGCGAGAGCGCCACGUGCAAGCAGCGGUGCGAAGAGCUCGCAACUCGUGCUGCAGCUGCGGAGUCAGCUGCCACGGAUCUGCGGCAGGAGCUCUGGCAGUCGCAGGAGGAGCAUCGCAAGUGCCAGGAGCGUUGCGAGGAGCUCACGAGUCGCGUGGAGGAGGCAGCGGCAGAAGCUUCCGAGCAUGCCAAGACCAAGGAGCUUCUGGCGCAGGCCGAGUCCCAUGCCGCCGAGAAGCAGCUGGAGGUGCAGCGGCUGCAAGAGGAGAGUCGCGAGUUUGUGUCAGCAGAAGAGGCCAAGAGCAACGUUGAGCUACGGCUCGAGAAGGCGGUGCUGUUAGAGCGGUGCGAGCAGCUCCGGCAGCAGCUCGCCAAAGCAGAAGGAAAGUUGGGCCAGAUGCAGGUCUUGUGGGAAGAGAAGGCCACUUACAAGGAGCGCUGCCGUCAGCUGGAGCGCCAGCUUGCUGAGGCGAAGCCGCCCCACUCCGGCGGCCCUUCGGUCCAUGCCACACUCAGCCGCCAAGGCCAAGCACCCAGCCACGAUGUGGCUUCCAGCGGGAAGUCAGAUCUGACCGAGUACAUUCUGGUGGACGACGAGGUGGCCUCCUCCUCCGUCUUGAGCUGCUCCUCUUGGUUCUCGGUGAAGCCCGAUUGCUUCAUGCCGGACGCCAUCUUCAAGACCUGUAGCUGUGGCAUCGAGCACUUCCUGAGAGGCCGGGACCUUCAGAAGGGAUCGCAAGUGGUGGCCGGGGAUGGCGAGACCAUUUUGGAGGUCUGCGAGGCUCCGGUGGUGUGCCAAGCCAAGGAGGUCGUCCGCUUGCAGGCCGGUGCCGCGAUGCUGGAGGUCACGCCAGAACAUCCGGUCCAGGUCCCAGCAACGGACGGUGCGACGGAAGGUGGAGCGGGCGGAGGCAGCUGCCGCUACGUCCCAGCAGGAAGCCUGAAGCCGGGUGCAUUGGUCAUGCUCGAUUCCGGGGAGCCCAUGGCCCUCACGGGCGUAGCAUCAGAAAGCGGCGAGCAUGAGGUGUUGAAGCUCGCAUUCAAGCCGAACCAGUCUGUCGCAGUCUUCUCGUGCCCACCUUGCAUCCUCAGCAAGGGCGCCAACAGCAAGCCAGAUCCCCGUCGUGGGAAGAAGUGCCGGAGCCGAGGGCAGCGAGCGAAGGUUGAGGAGAGCGCAGACGACGGAAGAGCCUCCGUGCCCAACACGGCUGGAACAUCGACUCAGAUACUGCUCAGGGGUGCAGCAGGCGUAUCAUGA